GUCAACUUGAUAAAAAUAUAUAAUAAUUUUCUUGAAUUACUACACCAUUCAUAAACUUUAAAAAAAAAAAAAAUUAAGCUUACAAAUAGUGUUUGAUAAACCGACCAAUUGGUUGACAUAAUACAUAAAAUAAGAUAAAUUUUUGUUCAAAAAAAAACAAAAUUAAAUAAAUUAAAUUUUUUCAGCAGCUCCCAUGGCUGAAUCAAGUUUGAACUCCUCCGUCGAUCAAACUUACGCUGAGAUUGUUGUUGUUCGUCAUGGAGAAACAUCUUGGAAUGCAGAGAGAAAGAUCCAGGGUCAUAUAGAUGUUGAGCUAAACGAUGCAGGAAGACAACAAGCAGUGAGAGUUGCUGAGAGGUUAUCAAAGGAGCCUAAGAUAUCUUAUGUCUACUCUUCUGACUUGAAGAGAGCCUUUGAGACUGCUCAGAUCAUUGCAGCUAGAUGUGGCAACCUUGAGGUAUUAAUUAACCUCAUUUCCUUUUUUACGAGUCUCCAGCUUUUGCUAGACGCUAUAGAGGUUUCUCAACUGUGUGUGCAGGUACUUACUGAUCCUCACUUGCGGGAAAGACAUUUAGGAGAUAUGCAAGGUCUUGUGUAUCAAGAAGCUUCCAAGAUUCGCCCGAUAGCUUACAAGGCCUUUUUAUCUAACCGUACAGACGUUGAUAUUCCAGGUGGAGGAGAAAGUCUUGACAAACUAUAUGAUAGAUGUACAUCUGCAUUGCAGAGAAUCGGCGACAAACAUAAAGGUGAGAGAGUGGUGGUAGUGACUCAUGGAGGUGUGAUACGAUCUCGGUACGAAAGAGCUCGUCCAAAAGCACGAAAAGUUGACAAGAUUCUCAAUACAUCAGUUAAUGUGUUCCGUUUAUUCGACGGAGACAAAUGGAGAAUCCAAGUUUGGGGAGAUGUGACUCAUUUGGACCAAACCGGUUUCUUAAAAUCCGGUUUUGGUGGUGACAGAACCUCUGGUUAAGACUCAGUUACUCUUUCUUUCCAUUGAUUUUUUUCUGUGAUACAAGUUUGACUCCGUUAUGUAAUUGAGAUGACUGAUGAAAUAAUUGUUAUAAACUUCAAGGGUUGGAGAUUAAAUAGUUUCGUAAAAAUUUGUAUGUGACAUUGAAUACUGAAAACAAUCUAUAUUGGAAAGAACUAUAUUUCCGACAAAAUGUUUUUGUUGAAAAUUCAUCACGUCAGGAAGGUUUUUCCAACGUAUUCCCAACGAAUUUGUUGAUCAAAAAUUGCAUGGUUUCUUGUACUGCGAACACGUAGUUUCAAAUCAACAAACAAAAAAAAAUCUGAACACUGAAAAAGAUGAAAGUAUUUAUCGACUCUUUUCUGAAUCAUUUGAUAAGUAGGUGUGGCCAAAAUAAAGUCAUAUUUAGAAAAAAAAAUUCAGCAAUAGAACGUCGUGUGCAUUGUGUUUUUUACAAAGAAAAAAAAAGAUAUUAGGAUUCUUUUGACAAAAGAGGAAUUAAGUUAAAAUUUGUUAAAACCUGCUAAACACAAACAAUGUUGUGAAAAACUAAAUAUAAUAAAUAUCUCCAGUCAUAUGACUAAAGGGAUACUUUUCAAAAUAUACUAAAGGAUAUAACUAAAACUAAGAAAUUUAGCUGAAGUAAUUAAGCUAACAAGUUAAAAGCUUAGCAGUUCAGUUAACAACAAAUAACAACUGAUUCUAUCGUUAAGUUGUAUUUAGUUUUUAAUUAAGAUAGAUUAUGUUUUUCUUCAACUAAUUGAUAUGCAUACCGAGAAGAAUAAAAUAUUAUAUUUUGCAACAAUAAAAUUGGGCAUUAUCGCAAUCUAAAUAAAUCAAAGAUUUGAACCACGAAAUGAAAAUUAGAUAUCCAUUAAUAUGUGGCGUAUCAUAAGAUUAUAAAACGAAACAAAAAUUGGAGGAGGCAACAGAAAGAAGGUGACUAGCCAUGCAAGAAGAAAACGUUUAAGUAAACUGAAUUAUACAAUAAGAAUCACGAAUAAAAAGGAAAAGAAACAUCCAUUUCGUGUGCUAAAUGGUUCUGUUUCUUUCCCGUAAGAUUCCACUCGUUGGAUUGAAGACUUUGAUAUAAUAUAUUCCUAACGAUCUUCCAAGUCAAAACAAAUUAUUUCUCUUAAGAAGAUUUGAUCUCACGUAGUUGAAUGAGAUCGAAUUUUAUUGGUUUUUAACAUGUCAGUUGCGGAUACAAAAGAAAAAGAAGAAAAGAGAAAGAAAGCCAUACAAUAUAUUAAUUAAUUAAAACUUAUAACGAAAGAGGCGUCCAUAGGAUAUAGACGACAACACUAUU